AUGUUUGAUAGUCAUAGCACACAAAUGUUUGAGUCUUACGACAAUUUUAGAAAUCAAUUAAAAAUUUUUCUUGAAAAAAAUGGAGUUGAAAAGACAUUAAGCGACCUUGUUGAUUGUGAUAUUGAAGAUGUUGAACAGAUAACCUUCAAAUUUGAUAAAAAUGCUCCUUUGCUUCAAAUUCUUUUCAAAGCGAAAGAAUUUUUCGAUGACAAGAAAGUACAAGAGUUCAUUGAUGUUGUUCAUGAAAAAGCAACACAGAUUAUCAAGGAAAGUGAUACUCUUCAGAAGCAAAUUUUGGAAUUUGCAAAUCUCCAAAACCAAAUAAAACAAGCAAAGGUUGAAAGAGAUGCCGCACGUAAAAUAACAGAGGACACAAGGAAAGAAAAUGAAGAAAUGAGACAAAUUCUUAACGAAAACAUGAAGAAAAUGGAAGAAUAUGAUAAAAACUCUGGUGCAGAUACACAAUUCAAGCGUGCAAUCAUUGAAUCUAUUGAUAGCAUGGCUAAAGUACUUAAUGAAGAAGUUCCUGAGAUGGAUACUGAUCGAGGAAUUCUAAUGGUUUAUAGAAAUUAUUUGAAAGCUGUUUUUGAGCAAAAAUGCAAGAAUUGUGCUUUAAAUAUGGAAAGAAAUAAAAGAAUGACAGAAAUGAUGUAUCCAAUUGUAGAAAAAGACCAGGAUAUCGAGAAAAUGGUCUCUUCUUUGGUUUCAGUUACAAAAGAAUGUCAAAACAAUUUAAAGUCAAGAUCAAUCGAAAUUUCUCAAAUUAACAUCGAUUUGAUAUCGCAAAGAGAAUCAUUUAACAAGAUACUUGCUUUAAUUAAUAAGAAACUUCCUAACGGAGUCGAAAUUGGUGAAUAUACUUAUAAUGCUGUUAAAAACAAUCUCGAUGAAAUCAAAAGAAAUCUUGAUGGAAUUGUUGAUCAAAAAUCUUUGGCUCAGCAAGAAUUCGUUGCUGAUUUAAUGAAACGAUUCAAAACUAUUUUAGAAACAGACCAAACAGAAUCGAUUGAAAGCUAUUUGUUCCAAAUUGAAAACAGAUUAAGACAAGCUGAACAAGAACAUAUGAAUUAUAAUAUCUUUUUGAAUAACAUAUCAUUGAGAUUAUAUACAAUUCUCAAGAAAGAAAAGAAAUCAAAUCCUUCAAUAGAAGAUGAAGUAAAUGAAGCAGUUACUGAAGUCCAGAAUUAUAUUAGUGAUAUAGAAAAUACUCCAAAACAACCAGAAACAGUAAAUGUUACUGAUUAUUCAUUGAUUGCUGAGAAACUUUCAAAGAUUUUGGAAAAAGAUGUUGACAAAGAAAGUGAAGAAUCAAUUUUAUCAGCUAUUGAUGAUAUGAAUGAUUAUCUGAAUAGUACAAGAAAGAGAUUCAAAACAGCUUCGGCAGAAGCAUCAAGAUGCAAAGGAGAAAUGAUUGAUAUCGUUGAUAAAUUACAGAAUUUCUUAAAUCAACCUUCAAAUAUUCCAAGAGAUCUUGAGAAAAUUGUUGAACUUGCUGAUGAUCUCAUUAAAAAACUUCUUGCACAAAGAAAUGAACUUAAGUUGGCUGAUAUAACUAAAAUGUUUGAGCCAGUUUUCCCAUAUCUUCAUACUUCAUCUCAAUCAGAUCCAUUUUCGUUCAUUCCUGACUUUGUUAAUGAAUUCCAAAUGGUUGAAAGUUCUGUUCUAUCUUUGAAACCAUUUGCACUGAUUUUGAACAAUAUUUUCACCAAUUUUGAUUGUCAAUAUUCUAGUUUCGAUCCGAAAUCUCAUUCUUAUAACUACUUGAAAGGACAAGUCAAUGAAUUACAUCAAACUUUGGGUUCCAUGUCUGCAGCAAAAACACACAACUUGAUUUAUUUGGUACUUUCAAGAUUUGUUACUUUUGUUUCAUCUAUUUCAUCAGCAAUUGCUAUGGCAUAUGAAGCAAAAGGAAAAUAA